AUGCCCCCCAACCCUUCCUCCUCCACCGUGAAUGUGUAUCCUGAGGUCCUCGACAUCAGCUGGCGCACGAAUCUCCGUUACGACCCCCGCCUCGGCGACGAGGACGGCGACGAGGCGCAUACACCCGACCAAGGCGCCACCCUACGCCACGUCCGCAUAGAAACCCCUUCGCAACGCGCCAGCCCCGUCGACUCUGGCCUUGGCAGCAGAGAAAAACCAUCUGCAGCUAGCGAUCGCCACCGACAGGGCCCUGGCCGAGCAAGUCGGUCAUGGACGUUCAUCGUCAAGCACUUCCCGCUCGAUCUCGCGUGGAUCCCGAACAACUGGUCGUGGUCCAAGAUCAAGCCCAUCAUCCGUGCCUGGGUUCAGGGCUGGAUCUCGGUGAUCUUCAUGGUCAUUCCGAGAGUGGAGAGUGUCUUGGGGCAGGCCACAUUCCUUAUUCUCGUAGCUGCAUUACUUGAUCCUCCCAGUGAUCCGUUCGUAUCCGUCCUCGAACGAGAAAUAAUCUUCGCUAUCUUCGUGUCCAUCGGCUGGGCGUGGAGCUGCCUCGGCAUCUUCCUCGCCAAUCUGGCUCGUACCAACACCGACUACAAUGCCACGCUUACUGACGUCCUCACCGGCCAAUACGUUGAAGCUGCGCCGACCAUCAUCAUGGCCGUCUUCAUCUUCAUCGGCGCUGCAUGCUUUCUGUUCAUCAAGGCGAAGCGGGGGCCUGGUCCAUUCGUCUUCCCGUCUGUCUUCGGCGCGAUCACGGUCGACAUCUCGCUCAUCACCGCCGUUCUCUUUCCCUAUCCCUACUACAUCAUCGGACGCGCCAUCGUGCUCCCGCUUGUGUUCCACGCAGCACUCUGUAUUUUAUCUGCAGCAUUAAUUUUCCCUUCCACGAUCACAGCACAAUAUGCCGGCGCGCUGUCCCGCCUCUUCGACCCACUUGAACGUGCGCUGCUGGAGCAUCGUGCUACCCUCAAAUUGAGCCCCGGCGGGCCCGAAUUCGCCAAGGGCGUCUCCAAGAUCAACGGCUUCGUAAACGGCGCGGAGGCCGGCCUCGGGCACGCGGCGGCGGCGCUGCGCCUCGUCAAGCACGACAUCGUAUGGGGCCGGUUCGCGCCGACGGACGUCGGCAACUUGCAGUGGCACGCGCGGCGGCUUGUCACGCGCGCGAACGGGAUGGGCAUCUUCUUCACGCUGAUCGAUCCGACGCGCGAGCGGUUCCCCGUCACGCCGAUCCCGUCGCGCACGGCAACACCUGUGGGCUCGCGCCCGAUCACGCCUGUGACGUCGCGGCCGGGGACGCCAUUCGGCUCGCGUCCGACGAGUCCUGCGGUCUCGCCGUCGGUGUCGCGCAUGGAGCCUGCGGCGUGGAGCCCGAUGGCGUCGCGCCCGCCGUCGCCGAGCGGGAUGCGGCAGCGGAACGGGCAGCCGCGGAACUCACACCACAGCAUGUCGUCGCUGCGGCUGACGAUCUCGCGGCACCUGAACUUCCGGCUGCGGCGGCACGAGGAGGAGAGCCAGCAUGAGCGGCUGCACUUCUCGCUGCUGCACCUGGCGCACACGCUGUCGCUGCCGCACGCGGAGAGCGCGGUGGCGGUGUUCGAGUCGCAGCGGUACCUGGCGCUGGAGGCGACGCGGCUGUCGCACCCGGACUCGCCGAGCGAGACGGAGCGGUUCGUGGCGCUGCUGAACGAGAGCUGCGACGAGAUGCUGGGCACGUGCGCGGACGUGGUGCGGGGCGUGAAGGGCUGGAUUUCGCGCGUGCGGCAGGGCAGCUUUGCGGGCAAGUCGAGCAUCGAGCGCGAUCGCGCGGAGCAUCUUGCGGAGCUGGCGACGAUGAAGGAGAAGCUUUCUCAAGCGCUUGAGAGUUUCAGGAAGGACGAUAGACACCGAGUGCUUGACCCCUAUCGGUCUGCGUUCGAUCCCAGCCACGUUGGCUCGCCCGAGGGAAAUAUAGAGCCUCCUCCACACAGAUAUCUCUUCCACUGUUAUGUCUAUCAAUAUCAUCUGAUGCAAUUCGCGUUUCUCCUCGUCGACAUUCUCGAGACGAUCACAAGCAUGGAAGAGAACAAUAAGAAGUCAAGACUCUGGACACCUCAGCUACCCAUUCGCAAGGCCUUGGACUGGGGACGCUACGACGCCGCCGCCGACUUAGAGCGCGACGACGAUGAGGAUCCCGACGUCAUUCCUGGCAUACAGGCUGAAUGGGAGGAAGACCUCGGGAUGGCAUCGCGACGCAACCCAGACGCCCUUCCCCCUCGUAAUCUCUUUGAGAAGGUGAUGGCUUCUGUGCAUGAUUUGUUGGCAGCCCUGUCGGGUGGAAAUGCACUCUUCGCCCUCAAGGCUGGGACCUUGACCAUUAUUCUGUGCAUCCCGAGCUUCCUCAAGAGCUCGUCGCAUUUUGCGUACACCGAGCGAUUCGUGUGGGGAGUCUUCAUGGGACAGCUCACUCUCGCGCGAUUCCGCGGUGACACGACGUUCGCCCUCGUAGCUCGUCUGAUCAGUACAUUCUUGGGUGGCGUGCUUGGAAUGUUGCUUUGGUAUAUCUCUGCAGGCAGAGGUAAUGGUAACGCGUAUGGUUUCGCUGCAACACUGGGUGUAUGCCUGCCAUUCUUUUAUUAUGGACGUUUGUACUGGCCUGGGCCUCCGAUGACCAACAUCAUCUUCUUCGUUACUACUGCGUUGGUGCUCGGGUUCUCAUGGCAGAACACACACUUCCCUGUAAUCUUUCACUUCUAUGGGUUCUCCCUAGCAUGGAGGAGAUUCGUCCUGGUAACGGCUGGUGUUACAGCUGCAUUCAUUUUCUCCUUCCUUCCGCCGUCUACCACGCUACGCCGCUACCAGCGCGCGAUGCUCUCGACUACAAGCGCCGAACUCGGAGCUGUCUACUGCUCUAUCGUUUCCUUCGCUAAUACGCGUGGGCGCCACGAAGUUGAUCGCGGCGAGAUCAUCCAGACGCUUGUGGCUAUUCGCAUGAAGCUGAAGAGAUCGGUAGUUCUGAAGACCAACAUCAUCUACGAGUUCUCAAUGCGUGGACAAUGGCCAGCGGAGAGGUACCAGAGGAUUUUGGAGCUGCAGAUGCAAGUUGCAUUCCUGCUAUCCCACUUGAUGUCUGUGGUGGAGCAUCUCGAUCCAGCGUGGACUCGUGCCUUCCUGCGGCGUACCCGGUUCCUCGACGCGGAUUUUCAGGGAGACGUACUAGCAGUCAUCAGUAUGAUCUCGACGGCGCUACGAACGGGAAACCCUUUGCCGCAGAUCACCCCGUGCCCCCUCUUGGAUCGGUUCAUGGUGUACACCCAUGGAUUAAACGUCAUUCGCCAGGAGGAAGAUGAUGACUACGGUCUUCCUCGCACGAUGACUAUUGACACCUUAGAAAAUGAACAGUACUUGACAUUUGCUGUUGGCGUUACUACUGCCUUCGGCAUCGUCCUUCGCCUGGACAAACUGAUGGUGGCAACUAAAGAACUCGUUGGCGAACAAUACCAUAUCCACGGGAUUGGCCUGCCGGACACGCGGACCUAUACGACGGAAAGGCCCGCCAAGGAUGUGUGA